AUGAACACGUCGUUCAACUCUACGGAUUCCGGUUGGACGAACGCCGGUGUACAUGUGUUUUCGUUCUUCGUCCUCUUAUUGGGAUCAGCUGUAUUGCUGGAAAACACCACGACGGGGUCUGAAAUCGUGUCAUCGAUCAGGGAAAGUAUGAUGAACUUGAUAAUGCAAUCGCAAAACGAGUACGCUACAAACACGCUGAACAUGAUCCAAGAAUCUAUUGGAUGUUGCGGAGCUGACGGACCCAACGACUACUUGUCGCUGAGGAAAGCGUUGCCCACUGAGUGCAGGGACACGGUAACCGGUAACGCGUUCUUCUAUGGCUGUGCCGACGAAGUGACCUGGUUCUUGGAGGACAAAUCUCGGUGGACGACCAACAUAGCCAUAUCGAUUGCCGCUUUGGAGAUGCUCAUAUCCGUUCUCAGCGUGAUUUUAGUCAAGGCUCUGCAAAAGGAAGAAAAAUUCAACUACAACCAAUGAUAAAAUUCCGUUAAUCAUUUUUAUCUUUUUCCACAAUGUAAAACAAUGUAAAUUACCUAACUGUUUUUAUUUUCACAAAUCAUUUGAUUUCAUUAAAAAAUAAAAACUUUCUUACAGGACGAUAAUGAUUUUGACGAACGAAUUUUUCAACUAAUUAUUAAUGUUUUUAACCGUUUAAUGCGUCCAGCCAUCACCCUAGUUUACCUGGUUCCUUCUCAUUUCUACUCCAGAAAUCUUACUAUUGUGAAUACCUACUACAACUGUACUUUGGGCCAAGCCCAUUUUAAUAGUAAUAAAUAAACAUACUGUGCAAAAUAUUUAUAAUACACUUUACGUCUUUACAAAAAUAAAUCAAAUUAUUUUCUA